AUGGUAGGGCUAUCUGAACUCCCACUCGAAUUGAAGGGGAUGAUAGUGCAUUGGGCGACCCAAAUAGACUGCUCUUACUACUCAAGAGUGUCUGGGGAUGGAAUUAUUAGAUUCGACAUAUUUUCCAAUGGGGUUGCUCCGAGAGACAGUUGUAUAAGAACAAUCAGUCAGUUGGACCGGGUAUUCUUUGCACUUUGUAGGCCAGUUCUAUGGAAGGUUUUCGACCUCCGGAAGAUUCCAACGACGGCAUUGGGCGGCUUCCAUGGCUCCGAAACACUCACGAAGAAAUACCUCCGAACCUUCACCCGCGAUAUCAAGACCGAAGUUGUGGUCUUUCAGCAACCCUUCCGAGAACUCAUCGUGAUGGAUGACUGCAAGCAGCCGCCCGAGUUCGACCGCUUCUUCCACAUCGAGAGAAUCCUAAAGGAAAUUGAUCCAGCAGCGAUGAUCGAUACCUUCGACUUGGAACUGGUUUUGAACGGAAGAUUGCUCGACGGAUUCCUACCCACGUGUUCGCACCCCCUCACCGCACGUCUGCUCACAAGUUUUGCUCACUUGAAAAAUGUGAAACACUUCCGUAUCGUCUCGCCAAUCUCUUUCUCUCUUCCAGAAAAUUUGCUGGUUCAAACGAUCAUCAACAUGAAAAUCCUCACAUCUUUCUCGGCUGAAAAUAUCGGAUACGAGGAGGCAACGAGCCACCCAGAAAAUCUGGGAAUAAAAACCGGGAAUUCGCAAGAAAGAGUAACCGAUGACCAGACUAAGCAGCCAACGACGACAAAACUUGUGGAGUUCCUUUCAAAUCUCAAGUGCUUGAAGAGCCUCCGGAUGUAUGACUCCAUAUGUGUUGAUCAUCUAUGGAGCGAGAUGACUUGGCAGUCUUCAUUAAGGGAAAUAGUCUUAAGAAGAUGUCCGAAUCUCUCGAGCCUUUCACUCCAAAGACUGUCGAAGAAGUUCCAUCUUUCCUUGAGGACGGUGGAUGUGUCAACGAUAGGGAUCUCAGAAGUCGAGCAAAUCCAAACAAAUUAUGCGCCAGGCUAUCUCUGGGAAAUCCUGCAAAGGGAAAAUACUAUUUCUUUCAAGAAACUCAGGGCACUCAAGCUUGUCGGAAUCAACAUGGGUGAACACCUUCUCCGAUCCUUCCAAGACUCGCCGAAACUGAGGAGAGUCGAAAUCGACUCCCCGAAUAUUCGCGCUCAAACCUUGUUCAACUCGAUCCAGCAGUGGCCCUUACUCAGAGAGCUCAAUUGUCGAAUCCGGGGUGGUUCUGGAAGUCUAGACUUGAUCAUGUAUUGCUUGACUCAGAAAGUACUUCUCGACGAAUCAUUUUACUAA